AUGUUUCUGCCCACAGUGGGUGUAACCUUGGACGUGGACACAGCCAAUAACCACGUCAUCAUUUCUGAGGACAUGAGGAGUAUACACCUUGGGUAUUUCAGACAGUAUUGGAAGACCCAUCCUGAGAGAUUCAUCUAUGCAGUUUGUGUCCUGGGCUCCCCUUGGUUCACGUCUGGUCGCCAUUACUGAGAGGUGGAUGUAGGGACAAGCAAAGAAUGGGAUGUGGGUGUUUGCAGAGAAUCUGUUAAUCAACAAGGAGUAAUUGUGCUGUCUUCAGAACUUGCCUUCUGGACUGCGGGUUCAAGAAAUGGAGAUCUCUACUCAGCCAGCGCUGUGCCUUUGACUGCUCUCUCAGUGAGCCCUAGGUUUUAUUGAGUAGGGAUUUUCCUGAAUAUGGAUAUUGGGAUCAUUUCUUUUUAUCACAUGAGUGAUGGAUCCCAUAUUUUUACAUUCACUAAAAUUUCUGCUAUGGAGCCUCUGCGUCCAUUUUUUCGAUCCUGCAAAACGGAUUAA